GGCAGUUAAGUCGGAACCGCCGCCGCCGGUUAACCCUCCCGGACUGCCAGGCUCAAGAGGAACAAGCCAGCUGAAGCGUUCACCUCUUGGUGCUAACGGCGCGGGUCUACUCUUUCUGCCAUCUCCGCCUUCGCGGUCCUCACCCCUUUGCGGGUGAAGUCACCUUUAGGUUUCGAGACCUUGGGGCUUGAGGCCCAAACUCGGGACGACCCUUCCUCUUUUCCUCUCAUCCUCCAUCUCUUUCUCUUGCACCACCGAACCACUUGGUAUUCCUGCCAGCCAGCUCGGCGGUGAUUUGAGGCCAAGUUCGGGGCGGUAAAGGUAACCGUGGGGAGAGCGGCCCCCCAGUGGACAAAGGCGGAGGCAAGAAUAGAGCAGGCCUAAGGGCCGCAGGCGAUGAAAAUCGGCAUCUGAGGGGGGUGAAUAAGGAAAAAAAAAAGUACUGAGGAUACAGAAGGAACUGAAAAGGACUUGUUGCACGAUGGAAGAAUCUGACUCCGAGAAAAAGAUGGAGAAAGAGAAUCUGGGGCCAAGAAUGGAUUCUCCAAUGGGGGAACCUGAGGGAUCGCUUGGGUGGGUGCUACCAAAUACAGCCAUGAAGAAAAAGGUGCUGUUGAUGGGUAAAAGUGGGUCUGGUAAGACCAGCAUGAGGUCUAUUAUCUUUGCAAAUUAUAUUGCCAGAGACACACGUCGCCUGGGUGCAACAAUACUAGACCGUUUACAUAGUCUUCAAAUUAAUAGCAGUUUGAGCACCUACUCUCUCGUAGACUCUGUUGGAAAUACAAAGACAUUUGAUGUUGAACAUUCUCAUGUUCGAUUUUUGGGAAACCUGGUAUUGAACCUUUGGGACUGUGGUGGGCAAGACACUUUCAUGGAAAAUUAUUUCACUAGCCAGCGGGACAACAUCUUCCGAAAUGUGGAGGUUCUGAUUUAUGUCUUUGAUGUGGAGAGCCGCGAACUUGAAAAGGACAUGCACUAUUACCAAUCAUGCUUGGAAGCCAUUUUGCAGAACUCUCCAGAUGCCAAAAUCUUUUGCUUGGUGCACAAAAUGGAUCUCGUACAGGAGGAUCAACGGGACUUGAUCUUUAAAGAACGAGAAGAAGAUCUCAGGCGUUUGUCUCGUCCACUGGAAUGUUCUUGUUUCCGAACAUCUAUCUGGGAUGAAACUCUCUAUAAGGCUUGGUCCAGCAUUGUUUAUCAGCUGAUUCCCAAUGUUCAGCAGCUGGAAAUGAACCUAAGGAAUUUUGCUGAAAUUAUCGAGGCCGAUGAAGUGCUUCUAUUUGAGAGAGCUACUUUUCUGGUGAUUUCUCACUAUCAGUGUAAAGAACAGCGCGAUGCCCACAGAUUUGAGAAAAUCAGCAACAUUAUUAAGCAGUUCAAGUUGAGCUGCAGUUUGAGAAACUUGCUAAUAGAAGACAGGAGAGAGGGGAGUAUUUCAUUCAUUUAUUUAUUUUUUGAUCGGGAAGAAUUGAACAGGUUUGAGGGCAAAAGGAAAGAGGCCAGAGGCAAGGCAAAGAUUAAUAGAAAAAGAACAAUCAGUGGAAAAGAGAAAUGGAAUAGAAUGAAGUGAGUCUACAUGUGGAAAGGUUAGCCUUAAACAGGAAGAAGAUUUUUAAAAAGGGGGAGACUGAGCAAAGAUACAGAGAAAUUUUGAGGUGGCUUAUAGGAAAGGCAUUGGGCCUCAAGUUUGUGGAUUCUGAUAUCAGAGAAAUCUUCUGGGAUGUAAGCGGAAUGUAAAAAGUCUGACCAGUUUUUAUAGGGUAUAAGCUAGGGGAUUGACAAGUAAUGAGACAGAAGAUAACUAAUUAUAAAUGAGCCCCAGCUGAUAUCUGAGGGACAGACAGGGGUGGCGUGGGCAGGGCUGGGGCUGAACAGGUUAGGUAUGGGAGAUUAGGCUGCCACCAGUGUCAACCUGCUCUGUAAAUACAGAUUUUAUUAGUGGCCUAUAGCAUAACGACAUCAAGGUUAAUAUGGUGUGAACAAUCAUAUAAAUUUGAAGUCCAGUAGAAAUGGCAGUUGGAUUCCAUGUACCUCUGUUCUGUAUUUGCAGGUUAUUGAGAUUGGACUGUAAUGUAGCUCUAACAUCCUCUGGCCAGGACAGAUGUAAACUGAGUAGCCUCAGUUAAGUGGCCCUCCCCACUCUCCAUCAUCAGAGCCUACAGAAUCUCUAGAAUUGACUUUGGGUAGGGUGUGGAGGAAAGCUAUGAACAGUCUCUCUCUCUCUCUAGCUGGUUAUAAAUAAUUUGAGAUAUCAUUUUUAGGAAUCAAAGGGAAACCCUGUUCUGGAUAAGAUUUAAUAAAUAUCAGUCAGCACACAGAAAAAACGAACAUACAUAGUUUUUCUUCUUUGAUUCUUUUGUGGGCUAGGAUCUAUAUAAAAAUCUGUGUUUAUAUGGAGGCUUAGAGUAGUUACCAGAAACAGUUUGUCGUAUUAAAUCUAUGAGAAGUUAGAAAGACAUUGUACAGGGAUAAUACCAGUUUUGUGGGCCAUGUUUUAUAUAGCUAUUAAUAGUUGACGAGUAUUAUGAGGCUCAUUUAAGUAGAUGAUGUACCUUGUGAGGAUAUAUAUUUAACUGAAAAAAAAUUAUAAUGGCAAAAUCAUAUGAGCUGGAAGUCAGGAGAGGCUCAGUUGUGGUUCUGGGUUUUCUGGGAACUGAGAGUGGGAUCUUAACUCCCUGGGACUUAUCUUCCUCACCUAUGAAAUGAUGGGUCAAGGCUCAGAAGACCAUUCAGGUCAUAACAUUCUGUGAUUCUAGUCUCAGAAGUAGCAGGUUGGCCAGAAUGUCACCAAGGGGGUCAUAGAGGCAGUUUGGCUGGUUCGAUUUCUAAGUGGUUGCCCUGGAGACCAUAAUUAAUUGUCUUCAUAACAAUCUAGUUCAGAUUAAUAGCAACUUAAUUUCAAUAGCAUACACCAGUGAGGUGGUGAAAUGAGCACUGAACAGGGAGUCAGAAGACCUGCAGUUUAUUUCCAGCUACGCCACUUGCUAACUUUGCUACAGAAGUUCUCUGAACUCUAGUGUGGUAGGUAGACUAAUGUCCACGCCCUAAUCCCUGGAACCUGUGAUAUGUUAUGUUACAUUCAAAAAGAAAUUUGCAGGUGGCAUUAAGAUUAUAAACUUUAAGAUAGAGAAAUUAAUCUGGAUUAUCUGGGUGGGUACAAUCUAAUCACAUGGCUAGAAGAGGAAGGCAGAAAAGUAGGUCACAGCAUUCAAGGAUGGAAGAAGAGGCAGGGGAGAUUUAAAUGUGAGAGGGACUUGACCUGCCAUUGCUGACUUUCAAGAUGGAGAAAAGGGGUCACAAGCCAAAGAAUGUGGGUGACCUGUAGAAGCUGGGAAUAGCUCUCAGCAGAGAACCAGCAAGGACACCAGGAACUUCAUUCUGCAAGCAUAAGAAAGUGAAUUCUGCCAACAAUCUAAAUGAUCAAGGAAAUGGAUUCUUUCCUAGAGACUCCAGAAAGGAAGGCAGCCCUGCCAACAUCUUGAUAUAGCCUGAAGAAACCCAUGUCAGCCUUCUGACCUAUAGAACUAUAAGAUAAUAAAUUUGUGUUGUUUAAACCACUACAAAACCUAAAAAGCCCUUGCUGUUGAGUUGAUUCCAACUCAUAGGGACUGUAUAGGACAGAGUAAAACUGUCCCGUUGGGUUUCCAAAGCUGUAAUCUUUACAGGAGCAGACUGCUACAUCUUUCUCCUGUUAAACCACAAAGUUUGUGGUAAUUUUUUAUGGAAGCGAUAAAAAAUUAACACACCUAGUUUAUUCAUCUAUAAAAGAACAGGAAUAAUAAUAAUAGUAAUUAUGGCCUAUCUGUGUCUAUAUAAGGUUGUUGUAAGAUCAAAAGAGAUGUCAGGUGGUGUUGGUGGGAAUGGCUGAUAAAGACCUUGAAAAAUGUGCUCCUCCAUAAAAGCAAAGAGAAACACUGGCAAAAGUUGUCAAAAUCAAAUUUUUUAGAACUCUUGAAAUUAAUCAAAGGUUUUCAACAAUCUGAGGAGGUUUAUUCAAGAAAUACAGCUGAAUUUUGGUAAGAACAGUGAACUUUGUGGUAUUUUAACUUUCUCUAUUUCCAUCCCUUUCUUCCUAGCUCUGCAGUAGCCUUGAAAACCAAGAAUCUCACAAUCAUGGUCACCGUGAAAAUUAGCAUCCUAGCACCCACUGGAGGGUGCAGAAUGGGGUUUGAGCUCCCCAAAAGUCCCAUCCCAGAGAAGUGUCAUUAUCUGACAUAUUUGGCAAUUCUCUGGAAACUCCACUUGGAGGGAUUGUCUUUAUUUGACUGUUCAUUCACUGUGAACAGUUCCCCCACCCCAGGCAUUUGUUGAAAACAAUCAGCAGCAAUUGUUUAACAUUUAAACUGCCUGAGGCAGUGAUAACAGUUGGGGCAAAGCAAAACUGAGUGAAUUCUUUGCUAGAAGACCUGCUAGCAUUUAGAAAUACUAAAAGGAGUCUUUCAGGUACAUAUAAAAGGACACUAGACAGUAACUUGAAUCCAUAUGAAUAAAUAAAGAGUAUGUAAUGGUAACUACAAACCA